UAACAAUAAGAAUUUUAGAAUAUGAGUCGUAAUGACUGGAAGACGUUAUUCAAUAAGCAGAGGAAAAUGACGCUGAUUCAGCCCUUAGAGUUUAGGAGGCAGAGAGCAUCUCCUGCGAAGAAAUUAGGCAGCAGUUUUAAGAAUUUCAAAAUCUCAAAGACUAAUGAGUACGAGAAUGGAGAAGGCUCAAUCGAAGAUAAGAAUAGGAAAGUACUCUAUGUGAAGAAAUGGCUGACCAAGAAAGGCAGGUUUAAUACACCUGAUUUGACACGGAAUUUUGAGACUCAGUAUGUCCAAAACCCGAAUGAAAGAUCUGCUAAUAGCUUCUUAAGAUCAAGGCUUUAUAAUGCUGCUGAUUUGAAGUAAUACAUUAAAAGAGCAAGUGAAGGCUCCAAGCAAGAUGGUAAGAAAUCAUUCCAGACUGAAGCAGGAAAUACACUUAUUUCCUUCUUUGAAUCCGACAUUGUUGAAGAACACAAGUAGCGCUGAAAGGAACCCUUAUAGGACAGAAGAAGCUCAUGAUUGAUUGUUCUCGAAGAAAGGGUAUAUCAUCAGGAGAAGAAUUCUUGGAGAUCAUACCGAUUUUGAGAGGAAGUUGUCUGAUGAUCCCGACAUUGCCAAUUCUCCUAUCACUAGAGGACCUUCGCUAAAAUAAUUUCAAAUUAAAAUACUCAAUGAAAGAAGGUAGCGAUAUGGCAGGCUAUAAAGGGCUAAACUCCUCUCAUAUCGAAAGUUCUCCAGAUCGGAAUGCUUCUCUUGGAAAAGCUUACUCAAAGGCAAGCCACCCAACUUUUGCAAGCAAGAUGAAGGAAUUUGACAGUUUGCUAAAAUAACAAAAUGCAUCGGAAUUUGAAACGAAAAGCCUCUAAAACAUUUGCAAAUCCUUCCCUUCUAAAGUUUAGCGAAUUUAAGCUCAAGCCAAAACCAAAGCGGAAGGGGAUUAAGCUAGAGCAGCUUCAUAAAGAAGCUGAAAUAUUUAUUCUUAAAUCUAAGCGGAAGAAAUUUACACAAGAAGAUCUCAACAGAUUUAUAAGGGAAGUUGAGAUCAGAAAAGAUCUUGAGGAGCUAAAUACAGGCACUCUUAAUUGAUCCAUACUUACCAAAAACACUGUUGAGGACCAGCUUGUGCACAAAAAGGAAGAGAAUGCAUUAGGGACUUAUGAUAAGUACAUGCAUACAUGGAACCGAAUCAAACAGAACAUUUCUAAGUGGACCUCUAAGGGAUCUAGUGACAGCUCCAUCCUACGGAUAGACAAUAGCCAUCUCAAGCCUUCUUCGCACUACUUCUGAAAGCAAAAAUAAGCAAGCCAAGCGAACUAAAAUGAUGGGCAAUAUUAAACGGAUGCAGAUCAACAACAACGUGGAGAUGAUUAAAAACCUAGCUAAGAACAAAGACGAAGAAGAUGCACUUUUGAAGGAGCUGACAGACCAGUUCAACCAAGAGGACCCAGAGAUGACCAUGUUGAUGAACAAUAUGAACCUAUCUGAACCUAUCGAAGAUAAAAAGGAAGAUACCUUUGAGCAAGAAUUUUACACAGAUAUGGAUUCUACAGAUAGUUGAAAUGACUUUGAUAUUGACAUCACUACCUCUAUCAAAGAGACCAAAGACAGACAAAGAGACAAUAUCAAGAUCAUUGAUGACUUCUUAGUCAUUGGAAAGAACAAGCUCAAGGAAGAGCUUGGAAACGUUGCAAAUUUGUUGACAGAUCCACAGAUCCAGAACGGUGAAAGAAACCUGUAUCUGUAUACAAAUUCACACCUUGAUGAAGAAGGGAUUGGUGAACCUAAUGAGAAGGAAGAGGUCCUGAUCCAAAAUUAAGACACUAGAAUCAGAGCAUUUUCAGAUUUAGAAGUAUUAUAUUUUAGCCUAAAGCCAGCACUUAAUUAUUUGGUAAUUUAAGCUUCA